AUGGCAACAUCACGUUCAAUCUCCAUUACCUAUGUCCCUGCGGACUGUGGUUCCAUCAUCCCUGGGAAGUCUAAGGCACCCAAGGCCUUCCAAGAUGUCGGUAUCGUCGAGAGACUUCAUGAAGCAGGUUUCACGAUCAUUGAAGAGCACCACGCACUAGACAGACCGGCAACAUACAUCGCAACAAGUUUCACCCCGGGCGGUGUUCGGAAUGAAGAUGCCAAUAUCUCUGUCUGCGAGCGUGUACGAAGCACCAUUGCAGGCAAUUUGAAAUCUUCCUCCAGCCAGAUCCCAUUCCAACUUAUUCUUGGUGGUGAAUGUUGCAUGUCACCAGCCAUUCUCACCGCAUUGUGGCACCAUGCGGAUUCUCUUUCACCUCCACAGCGAGUUGGGCUACUUUACAUCGAUGCAGAUACUGAUCUCUCAUCUCCAACUGACCCUGGCUGCACAGGGAUCUUCGCGGGCAUGAAUAUGACCCAUCUUCUCCGGACGUCUGGCGCUAUGCGGCGCAUGGAACAGUUUUCCCGCUCUUCGGGCGAACCUGUCUGCGAUCCCUCCAAUAUUGUACUUUUUGGCAUGAAUAUGUCUGCCUCGGGAAAUAAGUCGGAGCACUUUGCCUACCUCUUCGACAACAGUUACAAAGUUGUCAGCUCGGCAUCCGUGGCACGGGCCCCGGAGCAACGUGCGCGGGAGGCGCUGAAAUACCUGGAGGAUGAGGUUGAUGUUAUAAUGGUUCACUUGGAUGUUGACUCUAUCGAUCCGCAAUUGUUUCCACUCGCGAAUGUACCGAAUUUCACAGGAGUGACAUUUGAUGAGAUGAUGCAAUCCCUGGGUGUAUUCCUGAGGAGUGACAAAGUUAUUGGGUUGACGAUAGCCGAAGUCAAUCCAGACCACGACCCUGGGUUGAGAAUGGUGGAGCGAUUGACGGCGGAGAUAGUAGAUAUGUUGGGGGCACGAGGAAAGUGA